AUGGGCAAGGAUGAUGAUCUGGACUUCAAGAGCUGGAAAAUCAAGCAGCUUCAGGAAUAUAUCAAGGAUAACGGAGGCGAUGAUGAGGAUUGCGAUGAGAAACAAGACCUUAUCGACAGAGCCAUCGAGCUGAGGGACAAGAAGAGAGAGAAGGAGAAAGAGAAGAAGAAGGAAAAAGAGAAGCCGGCCUUGCCCACAGACCGCAACUACCCGGCCCCAUCAUAUGGAGGAGCACCCAGCGCACCCCCCUUCAACCCUCAAUAUGGUGCUCCGGCCCCCUACAAUGGAGCCCCAUCCCCAUAUGGCGGAGCACCGCCGCCAUACGGUGGGGCACCGCCACCGUACGGGGGACCACCCCCGCCGCAGUACGGUGGAGAAUACUGGACAGAUUACGGGGCCCCACCGCCGUAUGGAGGCCCUUUACCAUACGGGGGACCUCCACAGGGGCCGUACGGUGGCCCUCCUCAAGGGCAAUGGGGCGGGCCACCACCGCAGGGGGAAUAUGGGGCCUACGGGCAGGGUCCACCAGGCCCGUACGGUGGCCCACCGCAGGGAGGAUACGGGGGACCGCCUCCCCUACAGGACGGCUACGGAGCGCCGCCUCCACAGCAGCCGGGCUACGGAGAGCCGCCCGCCCAGCAGGGCCGCAAGAGAGCCCUCAUCUGCGCCUGCAAUUAUGCGGGGACUGACAACGCACUCAACGGCUGCAUCAACGACGCCAAGUGCAUGCAGUACCUGCUGAAGACCCGCUUCGGCUUCAAGGAGGAGGACAUCACGAUGCUGACCGACGACCAGAACGACCCUGCCAAGUGGCCCACCGGCAACAACAUGCGCGCGCAUAUGCGGCGGCUGGUCGGCGACGCGCAGACCGGCGACUCCCUCAUCUUCCACUUCUCAGGGCAUGGAUCACAGACUGCUGACUGGUCAGGGGACGAAGAUGACGGGUACAACGAGACUCUGUGCCCCUGCGAUUUCAAGCAAGGGGGCCAGAUUGUGGAUGAUGAGUUGAAUCAGCUGCUGGUCAACCCGCUGCGUCCGGGUGUGCGGCUGCACGCCAUCAUAGACGCCUGCCACUCCGGCUCGGUGCUUGACAUGGAGUACAGGGCAGAGUUCCACAAUGGCAUGCCCGUGUGGACCAAUGAGUUCUCAAAGCGGCCCUCAAUCUACAAGGGCACAGCUGGUGGUGAGGCUUUCCAGUUUGGGGCUGCAAGGGACAGCCAGACUGCCGCCGACACCUCGCAGCUGUCUGGCAAUGUCUCAACUGGCGCAGCCACCUUCGCUUUCAUCCAGGCCAUAGAGCGGGUUGGCACACACAUCUCAUACGGCCGUCUCCUGGAUGAGAUGAACCGCACAUUGGGGGACAUGGGUCAUGGUGGGGGCGCGGGGAGUGGGCAGCCUCUGAGUGACCCCUUUCAAAUGGGUGGUCUGCUGGGCUCUCUGCUUGGGCAGGGCCUGGGCAUGGUGGGGGGUGGGCAGCAGUACAGCAAUCAGACACCCGUGCUCUCCUCCAACUCAGCCUUUGACAUCAACCGGCAGCUCUCCAUCUGA